AAAAUGUACUGUAAGGGCCACUUUCGCUUAGAUUAUCAUCGGUAUUUUUCUUCUCAUUGGAGGGAUUCUAUGGCCCAGGCACUGUUCUAGGCCCUGCUGUACUGAAACUGCUGUUACGGAGGCCCCGAUGGCCUAGUGGAAAUGCAGUGGCAACUUUUCGGUUUUCAUCUUGUGAUUUCUGCUUUCAUGUCUCAUCACCUUUUCUGACCCGCCUGUGUUUUUCUUUAAGGACCAUUGCAGUUACAUCAUUGUGGCUACCUGGGUGAUCUCCCUAUUUCACUAGUGCCUGGCACUAGUAAAGGUGUAAAGUGCAAAUGUAUUGUGGGUGAGGCUGAAGGUGAAUUGCAGUGUGUUGUCAUGUGCACCACUCUUAGAAGCCUCAAGUUGUGAAAGGAAGGAGCACUUUGGAAAGUAGAAGAUAGAAGGAGAGAUUCGGGAUAAAGGGUUUUUAAAAAAAUCUUUUUCACUUUAUAAAGGACACCUGGAUAAGUUUAUAUGCUGAUGAGAAAAAUUCAGUAGAAAGCUUUGAAGAUACUAUAAAGUGUAAAUAAAGGGGAAAUUGAUGGAACAAACUCUUGAGGAAGAAGGAAAAGAAGUGAUUCUGAACACCAAUAGUUGGUUUUGCUUUGGAUAAAAAGAGAAAGUUGUGGGACGAAGUCAGGGAAACGAGAAUACAAAUCAGAUGAUUCUGUGAAAGACACAAAAAUAUUGAAUUUCUCCCAGUAGCCUCGGUGGUCUCUGACCUUGCAGGACCAUUUUCUCACAGGACCCAGCUUGGGUAGAGAUGGAGACAGCAGAUACUUCGGUUACCACGUCGGGGUUUUGCCAGACGAUUUGGAUGGGGGCGAAGGCACUGUGCAUGCCCUUUUUCUAGGGCAGUAAUGAUGACACUGAAGAUGUUGCACUGUUUGAUGCAGAAGAGGAAACAGCUAAUAGACCCCAAAAAUCCAAAAUCAGACAUCCAGUGGCAUCAUUUUUCCAUUUAUUCUUUCGAGUCAGUGCAAUUGUAGUCUAUCUUCUCUGUGAAUUGUUCAGCAGCAGCUUUAUCGCCUGUAUGGUAACAAUUAUCUUGUUGUUGUCAUGUGACUUUUGGACAGUCAAGAAUGUCACAGGUAGACUCAUGGUUGGCCUGCGUUGGUGGAAUCAUAUUGAUGAAGAUGGAAAAAGCCAUUGGGUUUUUGAGUCCAGGAAGGCAGCUCCUCAAGAGAACAAAACUGUUUCAGAGGCUGAAUCAAGGAUCUUCUGGUUAGGACUUGUUGCCUGUCCAGUGCUGUGGGUGAUAUUUGCCUUCAGUGCUCUCUUCUCCUUCAGACUGAAGUGGCUGGCAGUGGUUACCAUGGGUGUGGUGCUACAAGGUGCCAAUCUAUAUGGCUACAUCAGGUGUAAAGUGGGCAGCAGAAAGAAUUUAACCAGCAUGGCUACAUCUUACCUUGGAAAGCAGUUUUUAAGACAAAACACUGGAGAUGAUCAGACUUCCUGAAGAGAGGGAGAAAGCCUGUGUGUUCUGUUAUAUGGGGAACAGCUGAAGAAAUUCUUGACUCUGAACCCUUUAGAACACAGUACAUGUUGCAGAGAGGAGUGUUGGGUUUGUUUUUUUCAUUUUAAAAUUUACUUUAACAAAAAGGAGAAGUAGUUUUCAUAUUAAAUUUUUAUUUUCUUUGUAGUACUUGGGGCUUGAAAAUAUGGUGUUGCUAGAAACAUUGUCAGAAUUUGGUUCAUGGUGUAUGUGUAUGCACAGUCAUGGAAUAUCCAUGUAGUGUAACUCGAUGGAAGUGUUUAUGUUUGUGUACAUGUGGAAUGAAGACCUUUGCAUUUGAUCCAUGGAACGUAGGAGGGUGUUCUUAAUCUCAUCUUAAAAUUCCAUGUGUUUAUAUAUUUCUGUAGAUUAUUUUCAAAAGGAAGUUUUGCUUCCAUGGUAAGAGUGUGCACUUUGGCUUAUGUAUAAGUUAGAAGUAAUUGUUAAUUUUACGACUUAAUAUAUACUUCAUGAUGAAACUUCUUAUCCUAGGCAUUCACGGUAGAUAGAAGUCAAAUCUGGAUCAGUAGCAUGAACUAAUUUCUAACAUUGUUUAUUUUUAUUUAUAAGAAGUCAUGUAUUUUAGGUCCGAUUACUAUAAAUGAACUUUCUGUUUAUGUGUAAGGGGUACUGGGAGAUUGCUGCUGUUCUAUUUAUUUUUGGUUUAACUCUGGAGCCUCCUGGUGGAGCUUCAGUAGUCCUGGGCCUAAUGAAAACUUUUACCACGAAAGGAGUGUUAUUCUUAUGUCAUAGUAAGAAUAAUCAUUUAAAUACUUGGCAUAAUAAAUGCCUGAUAUACAUUUUAUGUUAUGAGUCUUUUUUUUCCUUGCUACAGUGGGGCUAUUGUAAAUCAUGCAUUUGUGUUAAUGGUAUUUUUUUAAAAGCAAUAAAGCAAUAUAUGUAACAGUCUACAACUGUUAGACACCUGUAAAUUCUCUUGUAGAUAUACUGUAAACUUUGUUGGACUCUUAAUCAACAGAUUAUUUUGUCAAUGUAUUUAUACAUUGUUAAAAAAUUUUUAAAGAUGUUUUGUUUAAUUGUCUUUAUUGGAGUGAUAGCUUUGAAGGUGCAUACCUUUAUAUUUGUAUAAAACUUUACUGUUUACAAAGCACCGUGGCACGUGUAAUCUCAUUUGAUUGUCAUGACAGACCUGUUUUGUGUGAUGCUUGUGUACAGAUGAUGAAAUGGAACUUCAGGUUAUUGAGUGACUUGUCCAAGAAAACACAGAUUAUAGGAAUACUUAUCAGGAAAUAUUUUCUGUAGUGUCUUUUCCUUUCUUAAGAAUCAUUAAGUUAUUAACUCAUUCAUUUAUUAAGUGUUUGUUUGCCAUUUU